AAUGAUUACUUUAUUGAGCUUUUUACUAAUUUCUCUAACCUUUGACCUUUGUCAGUUAAGACACCAGUUUCUUUUUAAAGAUGAUGAAACUGUGUUACUAUAUGAUUGGUAUAAUGUCAACAAAAAUGAAUUAAUACCAGCAAAUAGUGUUAUUCCAGAUAUUGGAGGAUUGGGUAAAGUUGGCACUAUAUUUGGUAAUACAGUAAAAUACAAUACAGAUGGUUCAAUAUAUUUUGGAUUGAAUGAUUACUUAAAAGUCAUGCAUGACUUAGGUUUUGGGACUGGUAAUCAAGCUUUUUCAGUAGAAAUUGUUUGUAAAUACAUUUUACCAGCUGACUAUUCAGAUAAUUUAAUUCUGUAUUCAUUUUCUAAAUUUGGUUAUUUAGCCCCUAAAAUAUCACUUAAUGGAAAUGGUUCAUUGGGAACAACAUCAGGUGUAAAGAAUGGAUUAGUUAUGAAGCCAUUAACUGAUGAUUAUUUAACUUAUUUUGCUUUUGUAUUUGAUCAAACUAUCAAUAGACUUUUCUAUUAUAUGAAUGGUGUUCAAUAUGGUUAUUUUACAGUUGGUGGGAUUGGCAGUGACAGUCCAAUAAACCUAGGAUUGUGUCUUGCAGCGUGUAAUUCAAAAGAUUUUCAUGGCAAUGUCUACGCAUUUAAAUGGUCAAAUUCAUUCAAAUCGGAAACUGAUAUUAAAAAUACAUGGGAUAACAGUUUGUAUAGUUUUCUCUCUUGUCUGUACAAAACAUUUAUCAAUCAUUUGAAACCAUUUUAA